AGAACGGAGAGAGGGAGCGCCAGGUCACGAGGAGCAGAGGCGUAAGCGCAAAACGCGUUUUUCCUUCCAGGCUUCCGUAGCAGACACACGACUAGCUUUCGCGCCCACCCUUGCAGAGCUGCAGCUGCGGAGGAGAGACAAAGCGAAGACUCACCUCGUGGUAAGAGGCCAUCACUGAAGCAGUCCUGGUCUUUUAAGGUGGAAGAGCAAAGUCAAGAAAAUUGUCUUCACCACUCAGGCCUGUAAUAUCAUCAGCUACAUGAACAACAUGGGCAAGAAGCAGAAUACUAAGGGUAAGAAGGAUACAACAGAAGCCCAGGAGGAGCCUGAGGAAUUUGUUGUGGAAAAAGUACUCGACCAACGUAUUGUCAAUGGGAAAGUAGAAUUCUUCCUGAAGUGGAAAGGAUUUACAGAAGCUGAUAAUACCUGGGAGCCAGAGGAGAACCUGGAUUGCCCAGAGCUGAUUUCAGCGUUUUUGGAAGCACAGAAAAACGUUACGGAGAAGCCGGCUGCUGUUAAGAGGAAGUCAUCGACAGAUGAGACAGAGACAGAAGCAAAAAAGAAAGAUGUGCCAGAGAAACCACGUGGCUUUGCUAGGAACCUCGACCCAGAACGGAUCAUUGGCGCAACAGACAGUAGCGGGGAGUUGAUGUUCUUGAUGAAAUGGAAAGACUCAGAUGAAGCAGAUUUAGUCCCAGCCCGUGAGGCCAACACUCGCUGCCCUCAGGUGGUCAUUUCCUUCUAUGAGGAGAGGCUGACAUGGCAUUCCUGUCCAGAGGAUGAGGCUCAGUAGUCCUGUCCUCUGGUCCCUGCAGUCCCUUGCUCCACUUACACCUUUUUCCUCAGGACUGAAUUUUCUCCUCUGGCUUGCCUUUACAGUUUUAGCUAUCGUAGUUAUUUUUUUGACAAUGUUUCAGCCCUCGCAAAUCAAUGGCUGUCGAGGAGAGCUAUGUUGUCGUACAUAGUAACUGAACUGAUUGUAAGAGAGCCGGUGGUGGUGUUGUGAUGUAAAAUGAUAGAUGUCUUCCGGUAUCAUUAAAUAAUUGCUAUGAUGGCAGUUCAGAAAGCAUAUUCUUUGAUUGAGUCCGCCACCGCCCAUAUUCAUACCUGGUUAAACGUUUUAAAUUCUUAAUGGUCUGUUACGGUGUCAAGCACCUCUUGUAUCACCAUCUAAAUCUCAUAUUAGAUGCUGGUUUUUGAUUUUUCCAUCCUAGUGCUAAUGUUUUGUUCUAAAAGUGCAUUUUGUAUACUCUGUCUGUAAAUAUCAUUUGUUGUUCUAAUAAAGGUUUUAUGUGACCAGA